ACUCAUCCAAUUCUGCUCCUUAAUCCUCUCUCUCUCUCUUUCUCUCUCUAAGUUAUCAGCUAACACAAAGCAAGGAAGCAACCGUCAUUAAAGCGCAGUAGGGAAGUUAUCAGCUAGCACAAAGCAUGGAAGCAGCAGCUGCUACCGCCGUCCUUAAAGUUCUAGUUGAAAAACUCAUCGACCUCCCCAUGAAAGAGAUCUCUCAAAUCCGAGGUUUCCGCAAAAAUGCAGAAAAGCUAGCUGGAAGUCUCGACAUGAUCAAAAAUUUCUUGAACGAUGCUGAGAUGCGUGCCAUCACCACCGAUGCUGCUGUCAAGAGCUGGUUGAAGAAGCUUGAAGACGUGGCGUUCGAUGCUGACAAUGUUUUGGAUGAAAUCAACUAUCAUAUUCUCUCCAAACAAAUUAAGGCCACUAAACCCAUGAAGGCGAAGAUAUUAACAGGCUUCUCAUCGUCCGUCAAUUCUAUUGCGCAUCCGAGAAAUAUGGCUGUUAAAAUCCAAGAAAUCAAUGAGAAUUUGGAGUCCAUUAAGAAAGAGGCCACCGACCUUGGCCUCGUAGUGAGGCUUGCCAUUGCCAAUGAGCCCACUUUGGUUGAUGCUUCUUUGGAAACUGAUUCGUACACUCUUGAUCCAAUUUUUAUUGGAAGAGAUGAUGCUGUGUCGGAAAUAGUUGAGAUGCUUACCAAUAGCAUCACAACUGAUGAACGCGCAGUUUCCAUCAUUUCCAUUGUCGGGAUGGGGGGAUUGGGGAAGACGACAUUGACUAGGAAAGUUUUCAAUCAUCUGAAGGAUGAGAAUCAGUUUGGAUUACAUAUUUGGGUGCAUGUUUCCCGAAAUUUUGAUGCAAUAACUCUUUUGAAGACAAUUCUCAAGAACUUAACUCCUUGUCAAGUUGAAAAUGCGAGCAAGGAAGAUAUUCUUGCAAAGCUUAAAGAAGCUUUGGAAGAUAAAACGUAUCUUCUUGUACUUGAUCAUGUAUGGAAUGAAGAUACUUCCAAAUGGGAAGAUUUUAUCAAUUCCUUGUUGGGAGUUAGUUUUGUUAAGGGAAAUGCAAUUGUUGUUACCACCAGAAGUAUGACGGUUACUUCAAUUGUGAAUCCACUUCAUACAUAUGAGUUGAAAGGCUUAUCGGAGGAAGAGUGUUGGUCAAUAAUCAAAGAAAAAACAUUCGGAAAAGAAGAUGUUCCGUCAGAAUUUGAGGCAAUUGGGAGAAAGAUAGCAAUAAGGUGUCAAGGUUUGCCAUUAGCGGCCAACGUAGUUGGGGGAGUGCUGCGCAUUAAAUCUGAGGAAAAAUGGCUUUCAGUCGAGGAGAAAUGGCUUUCAGCCGAUGAAGGAGGAGAUAACAUCAGAAAAAUAUUGAGACUGAGCUUCGAUAAUUUGUCUUUGCCAUUACUUAAGAAGUGCUUCGCUUACUGUGUGAUGUUUCCUAAAGGCUACCAAAUCAUCAAACAAGAACUGAUUGAGAUGUGGAUGGCAGAAGGUUUUCUUCAAGCUGAUGGUAGGGAUGACAUGGAGUCCGUGGGCGAAAAAUUUAUCAACCUUCUUCUGCACAACUCUUUACUGCAAGUUUCAAAGAGAGAUAUUUAUGGAAAUGUAAAGAAGUGUGGCAUGCACGAUCUUGUGCACGAUCUCGCUUGUUCUGUUUCGAGUUCGUCUAACAGUACAGGUGGUAGCAGCCGAGUUCGAUACAUAAUUCUCGGAGACAACUAUUGUGGAGACGAAUCAAAUCGUAUCCCAAAAGAAAUGGCAAAGUCUUUGCGUACAUUACUAAUAGCAUCCAAAGCUGAUAUUUCUGUCAACUUCUCAGACUUGGUAACAUCCAAAGGUGAUAUUUCUGAUAUUAACUUCUCAGACUUGGUGACAUCCAAAGGUGAUAUUUCUGAUAUCAACUUCUCAGACUUGGAAAGUUUGCAUGUUUUACAUCUUCACUCUGAAGUUAAAAAGCUGCCAAGUUCGAUUCGGAAGUUGAUACAUUUGAGAGAUUUUGACAUUUCAAAGACAAGUAUUGAAGUUUUGCCGGAUUGGAUUGGUGAAUUCUUACACUUGCAGACGUUGAGAGUAGAGUUAAGAUGGUUGAGAAAACUGCCAAGUACCAUUAAGUACUUGAUUAACUUGAGGCAUCUUUAUAUUAAUGAGUAUACAGAGUUGCCUAUGGGAAUUGGGAGAUUAACUUCUCUCCAAACGCUAACGCACUUUCCAGUGGGCGACGAGAAUGGCUGCAAGAUUGAAGAGCUUGGAAGUUUGAAUAAUCUUAAAGGAGAGUUACGGAUUCUCAAUCUCAAAACGGUUCAUGACAAGGAAGAGGCUUGGAAAGCGAAUUUAUUCAAAAAGUCAGAACUAUUGAAGUUGCGUUUGGAAUGGGAUAGAUAUGGCAGAAGAGAAGGUGGAACAUAUGAUGAGGAUGUAUUGGAAGGCCUUCAACCUCACUCAGAUCUGAGGGAGUUAGAGAUUUACAAUUACAAAGGCAAAAGAUUUCCAUUAUGGACUGAGAAGAUGUCAGUUCGAGAUGCGCCUCAAGGCUCUUGGGUGCUACUUAACAAGUUGAUGUCGUUAACACUCUCGAACUGCGAUAAAUGUGAAGAGAUCCCAAUGUUGGGGCACUUGCCCAAUCUCAAGUCCCUUUGGUUGUGGGGAUUGAGGAAUUUGAAGUGUAUAAAUUCAUCAUUCUACGGAAUGGUGAACAAGGACACACGCAUUGUUUUUCCAGCUCUCGAGAAGUUCACAUUGGAACACAUGCCUAAGCUGGCAGAGUGGGCAGAAAUAGAAAUUUCGGAUGGAAGUGAAGUGAAGCUAUUUCCUCGCCUCCAACAUUUGGAAAUUUACAUGUGUGAGCAAUUGAUGAGUGUUCCAAGUCAUGUCUCGUCCUGCCUUCAACAUUUGGAAAUUGGUGGGAUCGGUGUGGAAUGUCUGCCAGCUGAUUGGUUAUUGAGUAAUAGCGAGACUCUCUCUUAUGUGAGAAUAGAGGAGUGCCCGAAUUUGAGAGAAAUAUCAGAUAGGUGGUGGGGUUCGUGGGGAGAAGAAGAAUCAGAAGGAAGAAGCUUCACAAUCACAUCCCUCCCUAUAUUCCCUCGUCUAAGAGAAUUGAUAAUUGCACGCCUUCCUAAGUUAAGUUUGGAGACUCUGGAUGCAAUGCGGCGCCUCGAAGUUGAUGGCCACAAUGCGGCGUCUACCAUCCAUGGAUGCAAUGCGGCGCCUCACAACAUUGAGAUUUCUAGAUAUUAAGGAUUGCCCAGAAUUAGUGAUUAAAAGUGAGGCAACUGAUUCUGAAUGCA